CACUCGGCAACUUGUUCGAGUUACCUAGGGCGUAGGUAUAAAAAGCGAUGGUAUCAACUGACAAAAGCAUUAGUUUCUCAGUUGAAUUCCAAUAGCCAACAUCACCUCCGAAUUACUUUCAGCCUCUCAGAUUUUUUAAUAAGAUGGACCUACGAAUGAUGCUGCUUUGUUUGAUGCUGGUGGUUGCCGCAAUGGCCGAACCGGAGCCAAAGGCAGAGGCAUCUGCAGAUCCUCAAUAUCGCCCUAGAUAUGAGCCCGAAUACAAUCCCAGUUACCAUAAACCUGCUUACAAACCAGAUUAUUACAAACCGGAUUACCCAGAGUCUUAUCCUAAACCUGGGUAUCCUCAACCUUACGCCAAACCCAGUUACGGCCCUUCUUACAAGAAGGAUAACUACUACUGUGACCCCCGCACUCCACCAAAGUGCGCAAAUGCAUCCGUCCCCUACUGCCUUAGCGAUUACGAAUAUCCACUUGAAGAAAUUCAGUACGCCAUCGAGUACGACCCGUUGAUUCUGAAGAAAUACGCUGAAGUCGCUAUUCAGUCGGCUGAUAACCUGGUCGGUGGUGUCACAUCAUUGGAAGAGAACAAAUUCGACUACUCCAACUACAACGGUGAACCUUUUGACGAGAGCAACUGGAUUGGCGGUGAAGGAUACAUCUGCCCCAGCGACGUUAUUUACGCCCGUCCCGUCCGUGCAAUGAACGUCGAAGGCGAAUGGCGUGUCAUCGUACAGAAUGUCGCCUACUACACCCAAACCCAGCGGGUGGAGACUUGCUUGUUCGCCGGCGCAUCUUGCCGUACCUUGGCUCCUUGUCAUCACAGCUCCUGUGUCCAGAAGUACGUCUAUCAUCGUAUGCUCUCCUUUGAUCCUUGCGAUACCUACAAAGGCUUGUUCAUUGACAUUUACAAGCUACCAUCGGCCUGCUCCUGCCGCAUUCCUGAUAAAAGCCUUUAAAUUCUAACAACUGUUUCAUGCUCCAUAAAAGUCAAUCUAUUUAAAAAUUCAAGAAUUCUGCCGAUUUUACCUUAAACCCCACUCAGAUUCGACAUUGAAUCUGUCACUGACAAAGCAAAUUUAAGUUUAUUGAUUACAUUGCACAAUAAAAUUUUUUUCAAUUAUUGAUCAAAAAUCUUCCAAAAAUAUUAUCAGAUUGAAGUUGAUAAUCAUGAUUACAUCAACUGUAUUCCCUUUUUUUCUUACAUUUUUAUGUGGUCAACAAACAAAUACAAUAUUAUGCAAACUGA